AUGAAGCUUGAAGAACAAGAAGACAGCGCCUCCUCUGACGAGGAGGCGGUGCCUCGCGUCACCGUGACGGCACAGCGGCGUGCUCAAAACGCCAUGUUUUCUACCCUCCUCGCCCAGCAUGCGUUGGAUGAUCUAGUCCACCCAGAAACUCGCAUCAACCCAGAUGCCGAGCUUUCAACCGCACGAUUGCUCGCAAAACAAGAUGGGGGAGUUGCCCUUGACCCCCGCGAAUAUCAGAUCGAGCUCUUUGAAAGAGCAAAGGCUCAGAACACAAUCGCAGUUCUGGAUACUGGCUCCGGCAAAACCCUUGUUGCGGUACUUUUGUUGAAGUACAUUAUCCAUAAUGAGUUGAUCGACCGUGGAACUGGAACCCAGCCUAGGGUGUCCUUCUUUCUGGUCGAUAGCGUCACUCUCGUAUUUCAACAAUCGGCAGUCCUGCGAAACAACCUUGAUCAGAAGGUUGCUCACUUCUUUGGUGAUCUGGGUGCCGAUUUGUGGGACCAGCCGACCUGGGAGAAGCAUCUUGAGACAUAUAUGGUGAUAGUAUGCACCGCGGAGAUCCUGAACCAGGCUCUAUUAAAUGGGUACGUCAGGAUGGAUCAAAUCAAUCUUUUGAUCUUCGACGAAGCCCAUCAUGCCAAAAAGGAGCACCCAUAUGCAAGGAUCAUUCGCGAAGCAUACUUGAGCAUGGAAGUUGGAAAACGUCCCCGAAUCCUUGGAAUGACAGCCUCACCAGUGGAUACUAAAUGCGACAUAGCAGAAGCGGCGAUGAGACUUGAGACGCUUUUAGACAGCCGAAUAGCAACCACAUCGGAUCUUUCCCUUCUACGACACUUCGUGAGCCGACCAAAGGAGGAGGAAUGGGUUUACCAAGUACUCCAUUCGCCAUUUGAAACGGAACUGUAUGGCACAAUGAAGACGAAGUUUGGACACCUCUCGGUUCUUGAGACUACUUUUCAAUUUGCGUUGCAUGCAAGCUCAGAGCUCGGGGGUUGGUGCGCAGACCAGGUAUGGCCACUGGCGCUGGCAAACGAAAUGCUUCCCAAGCUUGAGGGUCAGAUCGCAAAGAACGCAGAUGUCAGCGUUGAAGCAUCCGAAAAGGCCUCCAAAGAGAUCAAGGAGAUUCAAGAGGCCAAUGAGUUUGUCAAAACCUACAUGACGAAUCAACCUAGUGAACCGGGAGACCUCAGCUCGAAAGUUCAAUUGCUGAUGAAGAAAUUAGAAGAAAAAUUCCAACGGGCGCCCCAGACAAAGUGCAUUGUGUUUGUGCAGCGGCGCAACACGGCCAAGGUCUUGUUACAGCUGUGCAAACGAUUGCGAAUUCCAAACCUUCGUCCUGAUGUCCUGGUCGGCGUUCGAAAGGGGGAUCCUGUGGGGAUGAACUCUACUUUCCGUCUGCAGUUCCUUACCUUGAUCAAAUUCCGACAGGGAGAAUUCAAUUGCUUGUUUGCAACAUCAGUCGCCGAGGAAGGCCUUGAUAUUCCGGAUUGCAAUCUGGUCGUGAGGUUCGACCUCUACAACACAGUCAUCCAAUAUGUCCAAAGCCGAGGGCGGGCAAGACACAGUGACUCAAUCUACGCAACCAUGAUAGAAGCUGGGAAUGAGAGUCAUGAGCGGAGACUCCAAGAAGUUCGAAAGGCGGAGCACGAGGUUUCCAUGAAAAGUUUUUGCAAUCUACUUCCGAAAGAUCGAUUAUUGAAGGGAGCCGCGCAUGAUCUGGAAGAGGUCAUCCGAGAAGCGAACCUAAACAGAACUUACACCAUUGAUGACACGGGAGCUAAAUUGACAUAUCGCCAUGCAAUCGAUGUUCUGGGUCGGUUUGCCAGCUCAUUGCAAUAUGAGAAAGAGCGAUCAGCCCAGGCCACCUAUAUCAUCGCAGCGCAGAAUGAAAAGUUCAGCUGCGAGGUGAUUCUUCCAGAGACAUCCCCCAUUCGAGGAGUGUUGGGAAAUCCAGAAAGCAAGAAAUCACUUGCAAAACAGGCGGCUGCUUUUGACCUAUGUCUAUUGCUUCGAAGGAAUCACUUGUUAGACGAGCACUUCAACUCAGUCUACCACAAGCGUCUACCAGCUAUGCGAAAUGCAAAACUGGCCCUCACAACUAAAAAGACUGAUCAGUAUGCCAUGCGCACCAAGCCAUCAAUCUGGGCCAGGAAUCAAGGCACAAUCCCAGCAUGUCUAUUUGCGACAUUGAUUAGUCUCGUUCCUUCUACGCCACUCAGUCGGGACCAUGGAAGUAUUGUGGUGCUGACACGGGAGCGACUUCCAUCUAUGCCGCCAUUUCCAGUCUUCUUAGAACAUGAUAUUGAGACCGCAGUCAGCCUGACAGGCACUGACAGUUUCCUCGAUGUUGCUCCCGUGGAAUUAGAUCUCCUAACUGUGUUUACACUCUCGGUCUUUCACGAUUUGUUUCACAAGACCUAUACCCGCGACCCAGAACGGCUUCCUUACUGGCUUGCCCCCGCUCGAGAGAAAGUCCAAGCAACAGAUUCUCUCAGUAUCCUUGAGGUUAUUGACUGGGAGGCACUGAAAUUUGCCAAUGACAAUCAAAAUCUCGUGUGGUCCCAGGACAUGAAGCCGGAAUCUCUGUUAAAUCGGCUCAUCUACGACAACUGGAAUGGAAAGUAUCGGUACUUUCCACUUUCCAUCGAUCAAACCCUGUCCCCUUUAGAUCCACCACCCUCCUAUGUGCCUGUUCGAAAGUGGUCGAAAGACAUCAUGAAUUGGACUUUGAGUUUGAGUAAGAACUCGCGGCCCAAGUUCUUUGACCGCUGCAUCUGGGAUCAGCCCGUCUUACAGGCAGAGAUGGUUUGUCUCCGAAGAAACUUCCUUGAUAAGGCAAGCGAGGAUGAGAGAGCCGUCAACACAAAAGCGGUCAUUUGUCCUCAGGCAUUGUGCAUUUCUGCGAUUCCAUUGUCUGUGGCCACGACUUGCCUUGUAUUCCCCGCAAUCAUUAGCCGAAUCGAGUCCUGCUUGAUUGUCCGAGAAGGAUGCGAGACGCUAGGUCUUGAUAUCAAGGCUGAGUAUGCAUUGGAAGCUUUCACCAAGGACUCUGACAAUACAGAAGAGCACCGAGGCCUACAGAUUCACGUCCAGCGAGGAAUGGGAAAGAAUUACGAGCGUCUCGAAUUGCUAGGUGACUCGGUUCUCAAGAUGGCCACGUCGAUCUCGCUUUUCGCUCAAAAUCCGGACGACAAUGAAUACGACUAUCACGUCAACAGAAUGUGUCUCAUUUGCAACAAGAACCUGUUUGCCACUGCAACCCAGAAGAAGUUACAUAUGUGGUAUCCACCAGGCCUUGUUCUUGAAUAUGGCCGAGACCACGCAAAGUUCAUUGCCAGCGAAGGAAGACAUGCGCUAUCUGAGAAGACCAUAGCAGAUGUCUGCGAGGCAUUGAUAGGUGCCGCUUUGCUUUCAGGAGGCAGCGAGAAUCGGUUUGACAUGUCUAUCAAGGCCGUCACAUUAUUUGCUAAUCACUCUAACCACACGGCAAUGGUGUGGAAGGACUAUAUUGAAGCUUACAAGCUGCCAUCAUAUCAGAUCUGCAAGCCAGAUGCAGUCGAUCUUGACCUUGCCCAGCAGAUUGAAAGGUUGGGUUACAAGUUUAAAUACCCCCGUCUUCUGCGGUCUGCAUUCACGCACCCGUCUCUUCCGUCGGCAUGGGCAAGGGUGCCUUGUUACCAACGACUCGAGUUCUUGGGUGAUGCACUCCUGGAUUUGGUGUGCGUCGAACACUUAUUCCAUCGCUUUCCGCAUCGUGAUCCGCAAUGGUUGACUGAGCAUAAGAUGGCAAUGGUUUCCAACAAGUUCCUCGGAGCACUGGCUGUGAAGCUGAUGCUUCAUCCGCACCUUCAACACUCCAGUGCACCCCUUCUUUCCCAAAACACGAGAUAUGCAGAGGCACUUCAGGUUGCAGAGAGCGAGAGCAAUGGAGAAAUGGACUAUUGGCUUUCGGCGCCAGAUUCUCCAAAGGCUCUCCCUGAUAUGCUUGAAGCCUAUCUCGGGGCCAUCUUCGUCGAUUCCGGAUUUGAUUUGACGGUGGUUGAGAAAUUUUUCGAAAUGCACGUCCUACCUUUCUUCGGCGAUAUGUCGAUCUAUGAUACAUUCGCAAACAGACAUCCGACGACCUACCUUCACAGUAGGAUCGCCCAGGACUUCCGAUGCACUGACUAUUGCUUGAAGUCUGGAGAGAUUCCAGGCGUUGAUGGAGAACCUCCUAAUAUUCUCGCUAUAGUCAUGGUGCACGGUGAGGCUAUUGCUAAGGCAGUUGCAACAUCCAGUCGAUAUGCAAAGAUAAAAGCCAGCUCUAGGGCCUUGGAGACUCUUGAGUCCAUGACGCGAUCUGAUUUCCGGGCGAAGUAUGAUUGUGAUUGCCAGGGUGGUGAGGCGAUAGCAGAAGCUGCAGAUAUCGGGACUGCGGUAUGA